AUGGGUCAGGGCUACUCUAUGACCACGCUGUCCGCAGCGUCAGCAAGUAUUGACGUUCCCGAGUUGGCGGAUCUGGUCCAUGAAAAGACCCUUGCUUCCGCACGGUUCAUGAAGAGUGUCCGGGCCCGAAGCCAACAAGGCUUCGUUUUCGUCAAAGCGGUCAUGAAACCAUACUCCUCUUUUCAGGUCCAAGAAUACGUCCGGCAAAUCGUAGAAGAGAGGAAUAUUCUGGCGGACAUUCCUAACGCAUUGGGAUACCAACGCAUCGUUGAGGUCGGCAGUGGCGGCUUCCUCGUGCGUCAGUAUAUGUUCAGCUCGGUGUAUGACCGAAUGAGCACCAGGCCUUUUCUCGAGGAUAUUGAGAAGAAAUGGUUGGCUUUUCAGCUCCUGUGCGCCGUUCGUGAUUGCCAUGCCCGGAAUGUAUAUCAUGGAGACAUUAAGACGGAGAAUCUCCUUGUCACCUCCUGGAACUGGCUGUACCUAACCGAUUUCUCGUCAUCCUUUAAGCCGACCCAUCUGCCAGAAGAUAAUCCGGCCGAUUUCUCCUUCUUCUUCGACACCUCCAGUCGGAGGACCUGUUAUAUUGCUCCCGAAAGAUUUACCACCACCAAUUCAGGUGAUCGACAGGGCGGGUUGAACUGGGCAAUGGAUAUCUUCAGCGCCGGCUGCGCCAUUGCCGAAAUAUUCCUGGAAGGGCCCAUCUUCUCACUCAGCCAACUGUUCAAGUACCGAGGGGGUGACUACAGCCCCGAACAUACACAUCUCAAUAAAAUCGAAGACCAUGAGGUUCGCGCGAUGAUCCUGAACAUGAUCGAACUGGAUCCCGAGAAGCGAUAUAGUGCAGAGCAACUCCUGUCCUUCUACAAAUCCAAGAUCUUUCCGGAGUACUUCUACAGCUUCUUACACCAAUAUAUGCUAGACCUGACCAGACCCGCCACUGCUUCCAAGCCGGUGGGGCUAGAUAUGGACAGUCUUGGCGCAUCCGAUGACAAGAUUGACCGAGUCUAUCAUGACUUUGACAAGAUAUCGUUCUUUUUAGGUUACGGCCCUAGUCCGACCAAACGAUCUUCCCGAUCUCCUCUGGCACUCCGAUCGAGUAACCGAGUAAAGUCACCAGACUCUGAUCCUGCCUUGUACGACGGGAGCUUACUCUUCCUCACCCUGGUGGUCUCGAGCAUGAGAAAUACGGCCAAAGCAUCCGCCAGACUCAAAGCCUGUGAUCUCCUGGUUGCCUUUGCUGAACGACUGCCGGAUGAGGCGAAACUAGAUCGCAUACUCCCAUACGUUGCCGGCUUGCUUGCUGACAGCUCAGACGUGGUCAAGACGGCAGCCAUUUACGCGGUGACGUCGAUUUUUGAAAUGAUCGAAGUGGUGUCACCAAUCAAUGCGUACGUCUUUCCCGAGUACAUAUUUCCCCGACUGCGGCAAUUUGUCCUGGGCCCUUCAAAUGAGCCCAGCAUUUUGAUUCGUACCGCCUACGCAUCUUGUCUGGCGUCGCUAGCCCUCUCAGCCUCGCGAAUCCUUGACAUGGUGCACGCGAUACGCACGGACGGAAGGCUUCCGGCGCUCCGGGAAGACGAAUGGGCUCCUGAAUCAUCCUACCAUGGUCUCUAUGACAUUGCGAGGGCGGAGCUGGUUCCGUAUUUCGAAGAAUCCACGAUCGCUCUUAUAACGGAUCCGGAACCCUCUGUGAGAAGAGCCUUGCUGGGUUCAGUCUCACGAUUAUGUGUCUUUUUUGGAAGCUCUAAAGCCAGCGAUGUGAUAUUGACCCAUCUCAACACCUAUCUGAACGACAAGGACUGGAUCCUGAGAUGCUCCUUUUUCGAAGCGCUGGUGGGGGUUGCGUCUUACGUGGGCACUUCCAGCUUGGAAAAAUUCAUCCUCCCGAUCAUGGUCGGUUCAUUGACUGACUCAGAGAGCUUUGUGGUUGAGAAAGUCUUCCGUUCCCUGGCUCGAAUGGCUGCCUUGGGCCUCUUGCAAAAGAGCACGACCUGGGAACUUGUCAGCAUUGCGGCCAGAUUUCUGGUUCAUCCCAGCAUUUGGGUUCGUGAGAGUGCUGUCCAAUUCAUUGUUCUGUCCGCCAAGUAUGUCUCGGCGGCUGACCAUUAUUGCAUCAUUCUACCGAUCAUACAACCAUUCUUGAAGAAUCCAAUUUCGGUAUUGACAGAGGAGUGGAUCCUGGACAAUCUCAAACGACCGCUUCCCAAAAUCGUGUUCGAUUCGGCGGUCCACUGGGCAAGUCGAAAAGGAAAGAGUCUGUUCUGGACCGCAGCGAGCCGUGACGGUGCUUUGACUCUCUCUGAUCCCACCACACCCCAGAAUCCGUCGACGCUCACAAGAAGACUCCUCACCCGCAUACCGCCGUCGCAGAAAGAUAAAGACGAUCAACCUUCUCUCGAACAAUUACGAAAUCUGGGAAUGGCAGCGGAAGACGAAAUCAAGUUGCUUGCGCUCCGAGAGUACAUGCUGAAAGUGUCACGACAUAAGCCAUCAGAAGAUGCGGAUGAGAGAAAUCGCAUGCUGAACAAUAUCAUCACUCUGAACCAAAUCGAUGUGACACCGCAGAACAUUUUCUUCGACCAACGUGAAACCAUACGAGAGACCAAGAGCCGACCGACCAUGACACAACAAAGAAGAUCUCGAAGGGAUGAACGACACAGUUUGGCGGAUGCACUGCUCGAUGCUUCUACGAGUAUCGAUGAUCAUGCGGUCAGGCGAAAGUCACCGUCAGAUAAUGAUAGCGGGACUGCCACGCCAUCCACCAAGCCCAUCGAGAUCCAAAGGCGCAUAACGUCUUCUACCGAAGCCGACGACUCCCCAUCCAUCAAUGUAGAAAGAGCAAGCGGCUCGUCCAGGCCCAGUGUCUCGUAUGGUGGAAGCUCUCCUCCGGGGGUCGACAAGCUAUCUUUACGUCGCAAUCCUACCCGUGGACUCAGGCAUCGGAACAGCGGUCUCAACUUGAUGAAUCGAACUGAUUCGGCUAAGGCAGACGCAGAAAUUUCUACUAUUUCCGAAAAUGCGUUUGGCAAAGUCGAUGGACCGCUUCAUCGAAAGAACACGGCGGGGCCGUCCGCAUUGACUGUGACUGCGAGGAUGGCCAGAAGCUCCUGGUCAGGCUCGCCUCGAAGCGGAUCCCGGACGCCUUUGUAUGAGCUCAACCACUCUUAUACUGGUAAUGAUGUCCACGUGCUUCGACUUCUCGAUAAUCACUUUCUGGAAAACUUUCCGGUUGAUCAGAUGGACUUUGGUGGAAAUCGGCCUGCGGCCGACGUCAAAGCCCCCAUCAAGAGAGCCACAGAUGUUGUCCAACAGAGGAUCGGAAAGGCUGCACAGCAAGAAGAACGUGGAUUCCGAGCUGAGCCCUGGCGCCCAUCCGGCCAACUUGUUACACAAUUCUCAGAGCACACCGCUGCUAUCAAUCGAGUUUGUGUGGCACCCGAUCAUGCCUUUUUCGUCACCGCUUCCGAUGAUGGCACCUGCAAAAUCUGGGACACGAUCCGACUCGAAAAGAACGUCACGCCACGAUCCAGGUAUACUCAUCGACGUGGCAAUGGAGCAAAGGUCAAAAGUCUUUGCUUUGUAGAAGGAACCCAUACAUUUCUCAGUGGCGCGGCCGACGGAAGCAUCCACGCGGUACGCGUCGAUUACAAGAGUGUCGAGGGUGGUGAAAGUUCUCGGUAUGGUAAACCAAGUCUUGUUCGGGACUAUCAAAUACCUUCCAAUGAAGUCGGAAAUCUCGAUGAUGGUGCCGUGAAUCUGAUGCCUGAGUAUGCGGUUUGGCUCUAUCACUAUCGGGCUCCGACAUCCCAAUCCGUCCUGCUUGCUGCCACCAACAAAUGUCGCAUCCUAGCCAUCGACAUGAAGAACAUGGUGAUCAUCCACAGCAUGAACAAUCCUCUCCAUCACGGGACACCCACCACGUUCUGUGUCGACAAGAAACGUCACUGGCUUCUCCUGGGAACAAGCCGUGGCAUUCUAGAUCUGUGGGAUUUGCGAUUCAAAUUACGAUUACGAAGCUUCGGGAUUCAAACGAAUUCCAUGAUUGAUCGAAUCCAUAUUCAUCCGACAAAGGGGCAUGGAAGAUGGGUGAUGGUCAGUGCUGGGGGAGAGAUCAGUGUUUGGGAUGUCGAAAAGAUGUCGUGCCGCGAGAUAUUGAGACCGAGCACAUUCGACCCCAGGAGCGGGACGACUCGAGCAUAUGAAGCCUGGUUUCCGGACGAUGAGAACAGCGAGAAGGUCUUCUCUCGCUUUUUGAAAGACGUCGCAGAAGAUGACGAUCUGAGCGAGCCGGCCCUUCAUUCUUCUCCGACGGAAAAGUCCAACGGCUCGCCAGUCCCAAAGAAGUCAUUGGCCCCCCAUCCAUCCUCGGCGUCAAAUGCCCCUAUCCCAAACUUGCCAAUGCCGGCAGUGUAUGUCCUUCACGAUUACCUCCUCAACUCAUCGCAGCCAGACAAUCCAUACAAACAUGCACUGCUGUUCACCGGCGGCGACGACCGUAACCUUCGGUAUUGGGACAUGCAGCGCCCAGAGAACAGCUUCAUCAUCUCCGGACCACAGCUUUACGGCGAAGAUGGAGUCAUGGUGAAACCAAAAUACGACGUAACACAUCCACUGGCAUUAAGUGCCGGUGCUCAAAUCGCGUUGAUCCAGGAGAAGCUCAGUGAUGGAGGGGCGGGGGGUACAGGAAAUGGGCGGAAUCAUGCGAAACGGUCCUCUCGCUCGUCAAAAGAUCUCACAGCGAGUCCGGCGAGAUCUCAUACACCAACUCUGGUGACCCCAGGUUCGACCGCCGCUGGUAUGUCAACCUCCAGCAAACCGGGCACCCCCACCAGUUUAGCACUCAAAACAUCGCCUGGAGCCACAUCGACGGCGGUAGCAACGUCCAAACCUCCUCGCAACACCGUCAUAAGUGCAGCCCACCAACAGGUCCUCCGCACGCAUGUAGAUGGAAUAACGGAUGUGGUGGUGCUGAGGAAACCGUAUGGCUGUGUGGUCAGUGUGGAUCGGGGCGGGACGGUGUUUGUCUUUCAUUGA